GCGCCUGCAGUGUGCGUGCGUCCUGCGGUCCGCCGCCAAAUUCAAACAGAGGAAGAAAGAAGGAGCAGCAGCAGCAGCAGGAGGCAACAAAAGCACGACGGAGGACAGACGAUCUCACAACUCUCAGCUUGGUCAGCAUGGCGUCUUCAGUGAUGGAUGGAGUUGGUAAAGCUGUGGUGGGAGUAUGGCGAGCACAUACAGUCCUGGAUGAGUCCGAUGGGGCAGAGAGCUCCCCGGAAGCCCCAGACCGUUUCCGCAAGCUCCGGUCCUCGUCUUCACUCAACUCCCUGCGAAUGUCUCUGCGCAAGCGGCUCCCGCUACGCUCUGUCCAGACCAACUCCCUCCCUGAGAAUCCCACAUGGGAAACCGCAAAGGAGCAACCAAAACCCAGCAAAGUCCACAAACUUACUCGCAGUGCUCGGAACUCCAUCACUGAAGUGUGCCAGAAGCUGCAGAGGACUAGACAGUUUGUACGGGAGGAAUGUUUGGUUGCGACUCCAGGCCAAACGUGUGAUGGGGAAGAAGCUGGUGCCUCAACUUCUCGCACUCCACGGCGUACACCGGCCCGAGCUGCGACCCCCAGACGCACCCCCAGGGCGGCAGCCACACCUGGACGUACUCCAGGCUCUAGGGGGAGAAAGACCCCAGAGGCUGGUGUACGGGGGGUGAAAACAGGAGGCGGCAGGAGGCAGCUGGUCCGAAUGGCUGCGUUGCGAAGUCCUUUUGCCUCACCCAACACACAGAACCAGAGGCUAAAAUUCGACAGAGAUCUGGAGUCUGUGUCCAGCGGACUCAGGAGGCUCAAGCGUCUGUCCAGGGCCUUCGAUGACAUGAUCGGCAGAGACGACAGACCCAGUAUACGGGAGCAUUGCGGUGGAACGUUGAUGAGAAAGCUGGACCCCAGCGGGAAACUCAGUCGCUCCAACCUCACACGUCGAGCCACGCACCUCUCAGACACAUUGGGGGGUUGGGCCAACACAGCUGUGAACACUAUUCGAAAACCCAACUGAACUACAUGCAUGUGUGUAUGUAAAAACACAGGACCUCUGUAGCCAUGUUUCACAUAUAUCAUUUUAUAAGGGCGUCACUGUUAGAUUUACAUGUAUUGUUGUCAUGAAUCUGAGAGACUGUUACAUGGACACUUUUUUUCUUCUAUUUAUGCUCUGUGUAGGAAGCAGCAUCUAUAGUGUGUAAUUGUUGUUUACACGGCUCCAGUUAGCUAGUCGUGGGUAAGAUAUCCUCAUUGUAGCUACCAAAGGGAUUUCUGUAUUGCGUAUGUACGUGUGUCAUAGCUGCUUCAACCAAAUGUCCUAGUUACAUUUUGAAAUACUAAUAUUGUUUUUUGUAUUUACUCUCUGCAUAGAAACUUUUGACUAGUUUCUGAAAUGUAAUUUAAAAGAAAUGCUGCAUGAGAGCAAAAGUGCAUCUGCAGAACUAACACUAAAUUUACUGACUGACGAAGGGAAGAUGCACUUUCCUCUAUUUUAUAUGAAUGCAAUAAUGUUACUAACAUUUGUUCUGCCUUUUUUUGAAUUGUCAUUUGAUUAUACCAAAUUGUAUAGUGCAUUUUCUAUGAAAGGGGACUUUUUAUAUAGAAGACAGAUUUGAAUGGGAUAUUUUCUUUUCUUUUUUUCAAUACUUUCCUUCAACAUUUGUGAUGGCCUGUGGAUGAUUCAUGCGCAAAUAGUGUACGCAUAAAUCAUCCUAUGAUGUGAUGGGGAAGAUGUAAUGGCUCAUUGCCUGAUGGUGUUAUGAAGCCACAUCCCGGAGGUUAUUAAUGUCAAGCAAACAGCCUCAAAUGAAGCAAAACGUCUCUCACCUGCCAAAGCGAGACAUUGUGUUCCAGUGUGGAAAAAAAAAACACCCAAUAAAACCUGUAAUUUUCAUGAACCCAAA